AUGAAAAUAUCAAUGGAUGAUGAACCAAUCUCAGCAUAUGCACUUCCUGAAGAUGAAGAAGAUGGUAAAGAUUAUCAAAAUCAUCAUAUACAGAUUUUUGCUAAAAUCUUUACUGAUGAGACUAUUCCACUGGAAGUCAUACCAUCAUCAGACACCAUUGGAAGUGUAAAAAAACAAAUUCAAAAGCAAAUAGGCAAUCCACCGCACGAACAAAAAUGUAGCUUUGUCUGUGUAAUAACUCCUGAUGAAAAAACUUUAGAGCUAGAUGUCUUGCCUACAGAUACAAUCAAAGAAUUAAAACAGAAAAUUUGGGAAGACUUUAAACAUUAUUCAUCACGCCAUUUUAAGUAUAAAGGUGACAAAUUAGAAAAUGAAUGUAUACUAUUUUAUACAAGAAUAAGAUUACUUCGACUUGAAUAUUCUUUUCAGGUCUUUGUUAGGGGUCUUGAUGGUAAGACCAUGGUGUUUGAAGUAAAUUCAUUUGGCGCCAUUGUUGAAUUAAAACGCCUAAUCGAAGACGCCACUGGGAUUCCACCAGAUCAACAACGUCUUAUAUUUUCUGGUAAACAACUAGACGAUGAUAAUAAACUCUCUGAUUAUGGGAUAAUAAUGCGUUCUACUAUUAGUUUGGUGUUCCGCCUUUGUGCACUAAAGUUAUCGGAUUUAACUAAAUUUCCAUUUUACAUUAUAAGUAAAUGGCUAAAACUGUCUAUAGGAUUUCUCAUAUUGAAUAUUGAAUUGGGUAAUAAUGCCAGGAUAGAGUUAGAAUAUUUGCCUAUUAAGAAUUGGAUCUGUGUGUGUUUUUAUUAUGAGAUAGUUGAUAAAAUUUUUGAAUAUGCUCAAUUGGAAACUGAAAAUAAAUUUCUACAUAAACAAAACAAAAAAAUCAAAGAGAAAUUUCAAAAUAGAAUUAAAAAUCUUGAAAGUGACCUCAAAGAUAAGAUUGAUACCGAAAAUACAGAUAUUAAAGAAAUAAUUAACAAUAAAUACAUGGAAUAUAAAAAUAAAAGCCAAGCAGUGAACAAAAAACUUGAUUUAAUUUUGAAUAAAUUAAAUUGA